GUAUUACAAAGUAACCAAGGCAAACAACAGGUGCAUGUGCGCCCGUAUGAUGCAUGCGUAUAUAUUUCCUUAAAAACGAUCAUAUUAUACGAAUCACAUGAGAGUGAGUGGAAAGAAUAGAAAUAUGAUGUUGACCAAUACAGUCGGGUUCAUUUGUUUGGUUUCCUAUAUCGCAAUUGUCAAUUGCAACUGCUACAAUAACCAAAUGGUGAAGAAGUUAUUCAAACAGCAAAUGAAUGCCAUGGAAAAUUCCAUCAACGGUAUUGUAGACUCCUAUUCAAAUUAUGUUAAUGUUGCAUUUCAUGUCUUCAUGGGGACUCAAAAAGAAUACCAGAAAGGAGUAGUUUGGAUUUAUGACCAAGUAGUUACGAACACAAAGAAUGGAUACGAUACUACAACAGGGAAAUUUACAGCCCCUGAAAGAGGUGUGUACCUGUUUACGUUCAACACUCUCAGUAACCCUGGGAAAAUGUCUCAUGGUGGCCUACAUCUGAACGGAACAGUCAAAACGUGGCAAGCUUGUAACAACAGUGGAGGAAAUAAUGUAUGGAAAACUUGCAGCGACUCGGCAACACUUUUACUGGAGAAGGGUGACACUGUGUAUAUUGCAGAUCAUUUGGGAUCUGCUACCGUUCGAGAAAAGUACACAUCAUUCACUGGAGUUCAGAUCAGUUAGAAUAUGAGACAUUUUCUCAUAUGUCAAGUUAUUGAAUAAAACGAUUUCAUUAAAUCA